UAUCCCUAUGAGCUUUAUCGUCUCGAAGAUCCGUAUGCAAGGUAUCGUACCUUAUCAGUACUAACGAAGCCCUUACGUCAGCCUUGGAUGCCUGGUCAUCCUACACGUACAUACACUGAUACAGCAAUAUGUUCCAGCACUAAAGCUCUGUGUGGUUAUACUAUCUUAUGUACUUCGUACAUACAUAUCUCCUAUAUCGUCCGGAUGAGACGGGGUUAGCAGUCGGAAUACAAGGACAAGGACCACCGAUAGCUACCUUUUUAGGACACAAGGGCAAUCUCAUCUGGCCGAAGGCGUUCCUUGGUUUGAUUACUUGUUGCUUUACGAUUAGAUCCUUAAAAUUUAGAACUUUGUCCACUGUUGCUUCACAAUAACGAAUGUUCGCGCAAUAUAGAUACAUUUAUUAUGGAAUAUACCGGUGGUAGUUUGGAGGCAGAUCACCUCUGCGUGCUUGUUCAUGGGGUAUGUUGGUAUCAUCGAAUCCCUGCCACCACCACCACCCCCCUUUACGUACUAUGUACGUAGUACAAUACAAUAUAAAUACAAUAGUCUCUGGGGCAACCCGAACCAUAUGAGAUCGGUCGCGAAAGCGCUGAGAGACGCCUAUCCCGAAGAAAAACUCUACAUCCUAGUCGCCGAACGAAAUGCCGGCAGCUUUACAUACGAUGGCAUCGAACUCGGAGGCGAGCGCGUAUGCCUCGAGAUCGAAGAAGAGCUAGAAAAGAUUAAAAGUAAAGGCGGCAAGAUAACAAAGUUCAGCAUUGUUGGAUAUUCUUUAGGAGGCCUUGUUGCCCGCUAUGCCGUUGGGUUACUCGAGAUGAGAGGCGUGUUUCGUGAGGUAGAACCAGUGAACUUCGUAACAUUCGCUUCGCCGCAUCUUGGUGUUCGAUCUCCUCUAAAGGGGUGGCUUAACAACGUUUGGAACGUCCUAGGCGCACGUAUGUUGUGUAUGUCUGGAAGACAAUUGUUCAUAAUUGACAACUUCCGCGAUACCGGCCGACCGUUGCUCGAGGUGCUUGCCGAUCCCGAAUCGAUCUUCAUAUCAGGAUUAAAGAGAUUUAAGCGUCGAACGCUUUAUGCGAAUGUAGUUAACGACAGGAGCGCAGUAUAUUAUACCACAUGCAUAGCUAAGACGGACCCAUAUACAGACCUGAGUAAAGUCAAGGCCAAUUUUGUUGAGGGAUACGAAGACAUUAUAUUAGACCCUCUAAAUCCAGUAGCGCCUCUGGUUUCCAAGAGCGCCGGUAAAGCCAUGGCUGACAUCACUACGGGUAGCCCUUGGAAUCUACGGACUGCGUUGUUUAUAUCCGCGCUAGUUGUUUUUCUCCCAGUUGGCAUUGUCGCGUUUAUAGUCAACUCGAUCGUGCAAACGUUCCGUAGCUCGAAGCGCAUCCGAUUACAUGAAUCGGGGCUCGCAGGUAUUCAGGUCAAGGACUACCGAAGUCCAAUUUGGAUCAAAGAUAUCCGCGGUACUGUGGAAGAUGUCUAUGAAAGUCUUAAUAACUUGCAAGGGGAGUCGUACCUACGAGCAUCGGACGACGAGCGCGACGACGGUCAACUGGACAAGGCUGAGACACAAAUCAUAGCCUUGGAACGGAAGAAAUCACAUCCGCAGUUCCCAACUCUAGCUCUAGCACCCUCUCAGUUUCUGAUGAUUGAUGAACUAGACAAGGUUGGCUGGCGGAAAUAUCCUGUCUGGAUUCAUCAAGACCGACAUAGUCACGCUGCUAUUAUCGUCCGAUCCGACACACCUCGAUUUAAGGAAGGUCUUGUUGUACUUCGACACUGGCUUAGCGGGGAGUUCCUGAUCUAAUCCGUAGCUCAUGGUUUCUUCGGGUACCUAGAGUCUAGACUACUAGAUUAUACCGAUAUAAGGCGUUGGAUGGAGAAUAGAGAAUAGAGUUAUGAGUGUAUAUUGUGUUGGAAUGUGCUUUUGAAGAGAUAUACAUGAAGCGUUUGUCAAAUAAAGUUACUUUGAUUUCUUAAAUUAUGUAGAUUAUGUAGAAUUCUCAACUUAGCCUUUCAGCUAAUGAAGCCUUG